UCUGAGGAGGCUGCUGGUACUGAGGAAAGACAUACUGUUCACUUGGCUAUGUCCUGUCUUCGGAAAACCUCUGCAUGACUGAAACUCGGAUGAUUUAAAACAGGAGACUUUGAAACUCAUGACAACGUGAGGAGGAAACUUGGACGCGAGGAGAAAAACUUUUUAUCAGGGUGUGCAGUUAGUCGACUUGAGGCUCCAUAAAGUACUCGAUAUCGGAAGGUUUGAGGGACAUAUUUUGAGGAGAGACAUACAGAGAGGAGGGUUUUGGGAUGCUGGUUCCCCGCGCGCUACGCUCCUUGCUGUGCGUACUGAGCUGCGCGUGGCUGCACACCGGAGCGGCCUCGCGGCUCAAGUCUUCCGCUCUGCCCAUUCAGUCAGAGAGAGAACCGGUGCCCUCCAAAGCCUUGUCAGGAUGCUCGUUCGGAGGUCGAUCCUAUUCUCUGGAAGACACAUGGCACCCAGAUCUGGGGGAGCCCUUCGGUGUCAUGCACUGUGUUCAGUGCCAAUGCGAAACUCAGAAGAGUCGUCGUGGCAAGGUGUUUGGGAAAGUAAACUGUAAGAACAUCAAACAGGACUGUCCAGACCCAGAGUGUGACGAUCCCAUACUGCUGCCAGGACACUGCUGUAAAACAUGCCCGAAAGGUGGGGAUGACAAGAAACAGACAGACUCUGUGCUGGACAGCUUUGAGUAUUUCCAUGAGAAAGGAAAAGAUAAGGAGGAUGACCUCCACAAAUCAUACAAUGACCGAUCCUACCUGAGCUCUGAGGAGUUGGGCUCUGGGGAGAGCCGCACUGACUUUGUUGCAGUGUUGACAGGAGUAACGGAAUCAUGGCUGCCCAGCUCCAGCGGCGUUGCCAGAGCUCGCUUUUCUCUGACCAGAACUAGCUUGGCCUUCUCUAUCACAUACCAGAGAAUGGACCGCCCCAGUAAAAUAACCUUCCUAGGUUCAGAUGGGACCGCUGCUUUUGAAUACAAAGUCCCCAAAGGACAGUCAGACAUGAUCUGUGGAGUGUGGAAGAACCUGGCAAAGCCUCUAAUGCGACAGCUGCAGUCUGAGCAGAUGCGCAUCAGCAUGACCUCGUCGACGAGCAGACGAGUAGAAGUGGAGGGGAAGAUCAUCAAACACAGGGCGCUGUUUGCUGAGACAUUCAGUUCAACGCUGACAUCGGAGGAGGAGAAUUCAGGCAUGGGAGGCAUCGCCAUGUUGACGCUGAGUGACACAGAGAACAACCUCCACUUCAUCCUUAUUCUUCAAGGCCUCAUCAAACACAAAGACAAAGAGCCCCUUUUGGUGCCCAUCCGAGUCCAGCUUAUGUACCGCCAACACGUCCUGAGGGAGAUCAAAGCCAACAUCACCUCUCAUGAUCCAGACUUUGCGGAGGUGCUGACAGACCUGAACAGCCGCGAGCUGUUCUGGUUAUCACGUGGUCAGCUGGAGAUCGCCGUGGCAACCGAGGGUCAGGAUCCCAAGCAAAUCUCUGGCUUCAUCACUGGAAGGAAAUCUUGUGACACUAUUCAGAGUGUGAUGUCCAGCGGUGAUGCAUUGACCCCGGGGAAGACAGGAGGUGUGGGAUCUGCGAUCUUCUACCUGCACGAUAAUGGCACACUGGACUAUCAGGUUCAGGUCGCAGGUCUCACCAGUGACUUCACUGGUCUCACUAUUGAGUUGAAGCCGCGGCGGCGGAACAAGCGCUCUGUGCUGUAUGACCUGACAACAGAGUACAACAAGGCCACUGGCCAGGCGCAGGGUAGCUGGAGUCGUCUGGAGGCUCGACACAUCCACAUGCUGCUGCAGAACGAGCUGUUCAUCAACGUGGCCACGGCACACAGCCAGGAGGGGGAGCUGAGGGGGCAGAUUAAGGCUCUGCUCUACAGCGGCCUGGAGGCACCCAGGCAUGAGUUGCCCACUCCUCUGGCUGGACACUAUGUGUCUCCACCAGUAAGAACUGGUGCCUCUGGGCACGCCUGGGUGUCAGUGGACAGACAGUGUCACCUGCAUUAUGAGAUCGUUGUCGCGGGCCUCAGCAAGGCCGACGACCUCACUGUGAACGCCCACCUGCACGGACUGGCUGAGAUUGGAGAAAUAGAUGACAGCAGCACCAAUCACAAGAGGCUGCUGACCGGCUUCUACGGCUCACAGGCUCAGGGAGUGUUAAAGGACAUCAGUGUUGAAUUACUGCAACACCUGGACCGGGGAACGGCCUUCAUCCAGGUCAGCACCAAGACGAACCCUCGAGGAGAAAUUCGAGGACAGGUCCAUGUGCCAAACAACUGCGAGUUCGGGACCAUGGGGGAGGUGGAGGAGGCUGAGAUUGACGACGUGUUGGUGCAGGACCCCGAGGAGCUGAAGAAGGACCCCCAUACCUGCUUCUUUGAGAACCAGCACCACGCUCACGGCUCCCGCUGGACCCCCAACUACGACAAGUGCUUCUCCUGCAGCUGCCAGAAGCGAACAGUGAUCUGUGAUCCGGUCAUCUGUCCGGUGUUGACCUGCACUCGAACCAUUCAGCCACAGGACAAGUGCUGUCCCAUCUGUGACGAGAGGAAGGAGCCCAAGGAUAUGAAAGUUCCAGAGAGGGUGGAAGAACAUCCUGAGGGUUGUUACUUUGAAGGAGACCAGAAGAUGCACGCUCCAGGAACCACGUGGCAUCCCUUCGUGCCUCCCUUUGGCUACAUAAAAUGUGCCGUCUGCACUUGCAAGGGAUCUUCAGGUGAGGUCCACUGUGAGAAGGUGACGUGUCCGGUGUUGACCUGCAGUCAUCCCGUCAGGCGUAAUCCCUCCGACUGCUGUAAGGAGUGUCCAGAGGAGGAGAAGACUCCUGCAGGCCUGGAGCACGGUGACAUGAUGCAAGCAGAUGGCCCGCGGCACUGCAAAUUUGGCAAGAACUAUUAUCAGAACAGUGACAACUGGCAUCCCUGGGUACCGCCGGUGGGGGAGAUGAAAUGCAUCAACUGCUGGUGUGAUCACGGUGUGACCAAGUGCCAGAGGAAACAAUGUCCAGUGCUGACCUGCACCAAUAUCACUCGCAAAGAGGGCGCGUGCUGUCCUGAAUGCCUCGAUUCCAAAGAGGAAGACGACCUGGCGAUGAAAGCUCCAGACAAAAGGCGAACCCCGACAGUGAGAUAAUGAUCCACACAAACAACGCCAAACCUUCCUCUAACCCAUUUAACCCAUUCCCUCCCCGAUGGACCCGAACCCAGAGCUGCACACCGGGUCUUCCCUCCUCCUCCCCUUCCUCACCUCACCUCACACCCACCCAGUUAUCAGCUUCAGGAUUGUAAUGAACAGCGAAGAGCAGAGACGGAGACAUUAUAAAAUGACAUUUUCCAAAGACUUGAUAAGUGACGGGAUGGAGCAAAGAAGAGGACCAACCGGACUGUAGAAACCUUCGCUCUCCGCUUCCUGCCUGCCGUUUUUGCUGGAAUUUGCAUUUUUUUACUCUGUUUUUCAAAACAGGACAACUGGCAUAUAAAUAUAGAAAUAUAACACAGCUGUACAAUGAGGUCAUUUCCCGGCUGUGUUUUAGGAAAUUUUGGUUAAAAAUUGUGCAAAUUGUAUUACAUUGACAGGGCUUCUUUUUGAAGUACAGCCAAUGCUACUGUGCUGUAGCUCUCCCUGCUCUCACUGCAAAGAGAGGAAAGUGUUGCUCAAAUCUGUCUGAAUAAGUGCGCAUGCGUGUGUGUGUGUGUGUGUGUGUGUGUGUGUGUGUGUGUGUGUGUGUGUGUGUGCGUGUGUGUGUUUUUACCAUUAAGCAAUACGACUAAUCAGCAAUACAGAAACACAGUAAACUUCCUGGAUGGCAAAGCAAGGUUGACAAACUGAAAAAAAAGGAAAGAAAAACAUUGAAAAAACUUGGCGGAAAGGGUCGUUCCCGUCUCCGCAGCCAAUCUGCGACUUUCAUUCGUUGUCAGAUUGAGUUUUCACUCGGUAUCAUUCAUGAAGUCAUCGGGAUCAGCGCCGUUUCACUGGAAGAGAAGCUUGAAAAGUCUCAGCUGGUUGUUAUUUCAGCGUCAUACUAACCGGAGCUUUGCCUUCCCCUCCUGUUGAUCUCAUUGCUCCUCUGCUUUGGUUGUUCCUAUUUCUGUUUCAAAUUAAGUAAUAUUUUAUGAGGGUUUUUUUCUAUCAUUGUCGUUUAUGAGUAUGGAAUAUGGUUUGUUUUUUGUAUUUAUUGAAUGGUGUGGAGACAAAAUAAACAAAUAUUUGUU